UGAUAUUUAAAUACACUUUAUUAAACAGUUUAUUCGUAAUUCGGCUCCAGAAAUCGGCCAAUAUCCUCUCCAAUAUAUCGAUCACUCGUAUGUACAUGUAACACACAGCGCAGUGAACCGUGCGACAUCUUGGACUAGUGAGUAUGCAUCAGCAGACGAUAUCGUCACUUCGCCGCCACAUGACAAUGCCGGAUCACAAAUCGCAGUGAAAGUUCAUUUGAGGCUACAUUAUUCAUUGAAUGUUGGGAGAACCUUGACUGACAAUUGCAUUAAAUAAAUAGGAUGAUAUGAUAAGAGUGAGAUUAUAAGUAUAAAUAUGUAGGUGUGAAAAAAAGGUAUUACAAUAUACCGGGGUAUGAACGGAUGAGCUUGAAUAUGUAUCUUCGGUGAACAUUUUCAGGAUCGUUUCAAGGAGAAUGGACGACGCCGCAAAAGUUCAGGAGGAAUCCGUACAAUGUGAUCUUUGCAAAGAGCGGACAAUAAAAGCGAAUUGUAAAUUGUGUUCCGUCGAACUCUGCAAGGAAUGCGUUGGUGAGCACAUUUCUGACGAGACGACGCCACAUGAUAUUGUGACGGUCGAUCAGAAGAAGUCUCCUCUAAUGUACCCUCCCUGUCCUAAACAUUCCGGCGAGACCUGCGACAAGGAUUGCAUAGACUGCAACUGCCCCGUCUGUCCAAGCUGCGUGGAUUCUGAGGAGCAUGCGCACCACGCUUUCCGGAGCAUCUUGGAACUCGUGGACGUCAAGAAAGAGAACAUUGCCAAUGAAAUGGAGUGCUUGCAGAAAAUGACCACCUCAUACGAAAACGAGACUGCCGAAAUUGAAAAACGGAUUUCAAAUUUGGAGAAAGGGUAUAGAAAAAUUAACGUAGCCGUGGAUAAACAGCGGAAAGUUUGGCAUGAAGAAGUCGAUUGCAUGGUAGACAAACUUAAAUCCGACAUUAAAAAGAUGAAAAACAAGCAAAGGACGGUUUUGAAAACCCACUUGCAGAGUAUCACAAAACUGAUAGAUGACCUCAAUUCGGCUAUCGAAGAAAUCAAAGAAGUGCUGAGUUCUGGAGACGUAUCCAAGUCCCUGGAUUAUGAAGGUACAUUAGCGGAAUUCAGAAAGCUUCCACCGACGCUCAGAAGUACAUUUCCAAUUUUCACACCAUUGAAGGUUCAGAGAAGAGAACUUCGAAAGUUGUUCUGUAGUCUUACUCCGCCCUCCAUAACCGCCGUAGAAUCCACACAUGCACCCAAAUGCAGUAAGCCACCAUCUAAACCUCUGGAAGUCCUCUCAGAGCAAUGUCUUUUGGAGGAACCUAAAGUUGAAGGUAUCGUAGAAACGGGGUACGAUUUCCUACGCAAUGUCACUUGCUCUCGUGAAGAAGAAUUUUGGGUUUCAAAUUGGAAUUGUGAAAUGAAAAAUAUCGAUACAAAGGGUUCGUUAUUAAAGAGUUUUAGGACCAAGUCGGGAGAAAUGGCUUGCGAUGUAGCUAUUGCAAAAACAAACGAAUUGUUCUAUACCGAUGUCAAAAACAAAACAGUGAACAAGUUCACAGAUGGAUAUAUCGAAGAACUGAUCAAAUUGCAAAAUUGGAAACCUCUAAAUCUCUGCAUAACAUCGUCGGGUGACAUCAUGGUUACCAUGUACAAUGACGCCGAAACACAGUCCAAAGUAAUCCGUUACACGGGUUCCACGGAGAAGCAAACGAUUCAAUUCGACGACGAAGGCAAACCAAUAUAUUCAGCAAACAACAAAAUCAAAUACAUCACUGAAAACAAGAACUCUGAUAUUUGUGUGGCUGAUUGGGGAGCCGGGGCUGUUGUGGUGGUCAGCCAUCUUGGAAAAGUUCGAUUUAGAUACACUGGCCAUGCUGCUUCCUCUCAAACUAGACCUUUCAAGCCCAGAGGCAUUACCACAGACAGCAAACACCAGAUCCUGACAGCUGAUCACCAUAACAACUGUAUCCACGUGAUCGCUCCAACCGGAAGCUUUCUCCGUUGUAUAGACAACUGCAGAAUAGAAAACCCAUACGGAAUUUCUCUGGAUAAAAGCGACAAACUGUUUGUUGCUGAAUUCUAUAGUGGCAAAGUGAAAGUGAUUCAGUAUAUGAAAUAAAUGAUCGAUCGCAGACUAA